GGGGCGCGGCCGAGGCUCCGUUUCCGGUGGCUGCUUGCGCUCGCUCACCCCAGCUGCAGCCACUCUCUCCCGUGGCUGCUUCCUCCAUCCUGGUAUUUUUUGGAGCCUCCAUCCUGGUUCUUCCAAAGUGCCCGGACCCAAAACAGGAAAGUGCUGUAGAUGCCCAAGCAUGGAGGAGAAACAGUCUGGAUAACAUGAGAGUGAUGCUGCUAGCCAAAGCACAGAGACGUGAUUCUAUGGGAAGGGCUGUAACUAAUCCAUCCGUGGUCUAGAUUUGAGUAUGAGCACAGUUGAAGAGGAUUCUGACACAGUAACAGUAGAAACUGUGAACUCUGUGACAUUUACUCAAGACACAGACGGGAACCUCAUUCUUCAUUGCCCUCAGAAUGACCCUGAUGAAAUAGACUCAGAAGAUAGUACUGAACCUCCACAUAAGAGGAUUUGUUUGUCCUCUGAGGAUGAUCAGAGCGUUGAUGACUCUGCUCCUUGCAUAUCAGUUGUUGCACUCCCACUUUCAGAAAAUGAUCAGAGCUUUGAGGUGACCAUGACGGCAACCACAGAGGUGGCAGAUGAUGAACUUUCUGAGGGAACUGUGACACAAAUUCAGAUUUUACAGAAUGAUCAACUAGAUGAAAUCUCUCCUUUGGGUACUGAGGAAGUUUCCGCGGUUAGCCAAGCAUGGUUUACAACUAAAGAAGAUAAGGAUUCUCUCACAAACAAAGGACACAAAUGGAAGCAGGGGAUGUGGUCCAAGGAAGAAAUUGAUAUUUUGAUGAACAAUAUUGAGCGCUAUCUGAAGGCACGCGGAAUAAAAGAUGCUACAGAAAUCAUCUUUGAGAUGUCAAAAGACGAAAGAAAAGAUUUCUACAGGACCAUAGCGUGGGGGCUGAACCGGCCUUUGUUUGCAGUUUAUAGAAGAGUGCUGCGCAUGUAUGACGACAGGAACCAUGUGGGAAAAUACACUCCUGAAGAAAUUGAAAAACUCAAGGAGCUCCGGAUAAAGCAUGGCAAUGACUGGGCAACAAUAGGGGCGGCCCUAGGAAGAAGUGCCUCUUCUGUCAAAGACCGCUGCCGACUGAUGAAGGAUACCUGCAACACAGGGAAAUGGACAGAAGAGGAGGAAAAGAGACUUGCAGAGGUGGUUCAUGAAUUAACAAGCACAGAGCCUGGUGACAUCGUCACACAGGGAGUGUCUUGGGCAGCUGUAGCUGAAAGAGUGGGUACCCGCUCAGAAAAGCAAUGCCGUUCUAAAUGGCUCAACUACCUGAACUGGAAACAGAGUGGAGGUACUGAAUGGACCAAGGAAGAUGAAAUCAAUCUCAUCCUAAGGAUAGCAGAGCUUGAUGUAGCCGAUGAAAAUGACAUAAAUUGGGAUCUUUUAGCUGAGGGAUGGAGCAGUGUCCGUUCACCACAGUGGCUUCGAAGUAAAUGGUGGACCAUCAAAAGGCAAAUUGCAAACCAUAAGGAUGUUUCGUUUCCUGUCUUAAUAAAAGGUCUUAAACAGUUACAUGAAAACCAAAAAAACAACCCAGUGCUUUUGGAGAAUAAAUCAGGAUCUGGAGUUCCAAACAGUAAUUGCAAUUCCAGUGUACAGCAUGUUCAGAUCAGAGUCGCCCGCUUGGAAGAUAAUACAGCCAUCUCUCCAAGCCCCAUGGCAGCGUUGCAGAUUCCAGUCCAGAUCACCCACGUCUCUUCCACAGAUUCCCCUGCUGCUUCUGUUGACUCAGAAACAAUAACACUAAACAGUGGAACACUACAGACAUUUGAGAUUCUUCCAUCUUUCCAUUUACAGCCCACUGGUACUCCAGGUACCUACCUUCUUCAAACAAGCUCAAGUCAAGGCCUUCCCCUAACUCUGACCACAAGUCCCACAGUAACCCUGGCAGCUGCUGCUCCUGCUUCUCCUGAACAGAUCAUUGUUCAUGCUUUAUCCCCAGAACAUCUGUUGAACACAAGUGACAAUGUCACAGUGCAGUGUCACACACCAAGAGUCAUUAUUCAAACUCUUGCUACAGAAGACAUCGCAUCUUCAAUGUCCCAAGCAGAACUGACAGUUGACAGUGAUCUUCACUCAUCUGAUUUCCCUGAGCCUCCAGAUGCACUAGAAGCAGACACUUUCCCAGAUGAAAUUCCUCGGCCUAAGAUGACUAUACAACCAUCAUUUAAUACUAAUGUUUCUAAAUUCAGUGACCAAAAUAGCACAGAACUGAUGAACAGUGUUAUGGUCAGACCAGAGGAAGAAAUUGCCGAUACUGACCUUAAGCAGGAAGAACCGCCUUCUGACUUAGCCAGUGCUUAUGUUACUGAGGACUUAGAGUCUCCCACCAUAGUACACCAAGUCCAUCAAACAAUUGAUGACGAAACAAUACUUAUCGUUCCUUCACCACAUGGCUUUAUCCAGGCAGCCGAUGUUAUAGAUACUGAAUCUGUCUUGCCUUUGACAACACUAACAGAUCCCAUAUUCCAACAUCACCAGGAAGAAUCAAAUAUAAUCGGAUCAUCUUUAGGCAGUCCUGUUUCUGAAGAUUCAAAAGAUGUUGAGGACUUGGUAAACUGUCACUAAAGUGUCAGGAACAGGUACUUCAAGUAAAGAAGCCACAUUGUUGAUUACAUUAUCUCCAAAGAAAGGAGCAAUCCCAAGAGUUCUGGUUUGCCAUUCCUCUGGCUUGUACGUAGCUACUUUGCUUAAGUCAUGCACAUUGUUGCUGCUGUUACUUUUUAACCUCCUUUUAAGUAUAUCAUCUGAGGUCCAAUUUAUGACAAUGUGUUAUGGAGUAAAGGAAGUGUUAAUUGCCCAGACCUGUUUUAAGUUUUAUGUCAAGAGGGAAGAGUUGCAUUCACUGCAGCUACUCAAAUCACCAAAGCUUAACUGCUCUGGCUUUUUGCAAGCAGUAACACUCAUGUCUGCAGUUAAGACACUGUACUCUGUCCAGACUCAAGUUGGCCUGGUUAUAGUUCAGGUUAUAUUAUCAACAUGGUCCAGCUUAGUUAACAGUGACCUUCAGAACGACUGACUUAGGAGUUCAAGAGACAUGACCAGCAUUUCAAUACAAGAACAUGGAAGGUGGUUGUUAUUUUGGUUACCCCAUUGCUGGCAGUGGGAGCUGACUGAGGAGAGGUAAAGAGAAAAGCAUUAAAUUAGAGUCAAGAAAAUCCACUACAGGUCUUUGUCUUUAACUCUUAAAGGGAAUAUGGAGUAACAAAACACACCAUAGCAAAGCAGUUACCACCCCUCAUCAGAGACAGCCAGUAGUUUACAGUUAGCACUUUGAUCUCAUUCAGUGAGGGGAGGGGAUAUUGCCUGUGUCUGGUAACCAUGACUUUUUAUUACAUGUUUUAUUAUAUCAAUUGCCCAGAAAAAUAGUUGAAGGGUAUUAGAAUAUGCUGUUCACUUAGUGCAUUACCUGUUGGGGAUGCAGUAUAGCUUCUCCCUCAGGCACUUUUAAAAAACACAAAAUUUGCUUCUGUAUCAAAAGAAAACAAAUCAAGAGUCAUUCCUAAGGGUAAAGCCAAAAUAAGCCUAUAGGGCUUUAAUGAUAUGAUCCUUAUAGAAAAAGUCCAAAAAGGGGGGAGGGGGACAAGGAAACUUGUAUAAAUUAUUUUAUUUAUUAUUGUAAUUAGGUCUUCACAAUCAAAGUUGUCUUUUCACCAUCUUUGUUUUAUUAAUGUGAAACUGUAGUAAUAAGCAAAAGUUGGUUGCCUAGGGAACAAUAAUUGUAAAUUCAGUUUAACAGAAAUAAAAGAGUAUUUGUCUUAAAAUGUAA